UAAAUAAACUGCCGUAGCAGAGAGCAGCCGCGCUAGCCGCUAUAAUAUUAUUUUGUGACGUUUUCGACUUCCAGCGCAUGUGAAGUGUGAACUUUCUUUGAACGUGAAACGUCAGCGCAGUGCGCAUGCGAUAAUUGUGUCAGUCGGCCGAGUGAAGUGUUUCACUCUUACACAUAAUAACCUAAAAUUAUAAACUAAAAAUUGUUUUAUUCAUAAAAUAUGGCUCACUACGGGUAUUUAGAAAAAUUAGGACUUGCAUUUGCAUUGGCAUUAUUAUUUUAUAUAGUUAAAUGUAUUGUAAAUGUGGUGUAUACUUAUGUUAUUGGACCUGUUGUAAAUAAGGUGGACUUCAAAUCUAAAGGAAAAUGGGCAUUGGUAACCGGAAGCACUGAUGGCAUUGGAAAGGAAUAUGCUAAAGAGUUGGCUGCCCGCGGCUGUGAUAUAGUUCUAGUCAGUCGUUCUAUGGAUAAAUUGAAAGCGACUGCUACGGAAAUACAAAACGACUACAAAGUGAAUACCAAAAUAGUUCAAGCUGACUUCAGCGAAGAGGGAAUUUACGACAAGAUCUCCAAAGAAAUAGCUGAUCUAGAAAUAGGAACCCUAGUCAAUAACGUUGGUAUCUCCUACAGUUAUCCUGAAUAUUUCACGGAUAUACCCGACUGGGAGAACACCGUAACAACAAUGAUAAGAGCGAACAUGGUAUCAGUGACACGGAUGACUGGUAUCAUCCUACCUGAUAUGGUGAAACGAGGCAAGGGUGUGGUCAUCAACAUCGGAUCUGGCUCUUCUCUCAUACCCAGCCCCUUGUUGACAGUCUACGCGGCUUGUAAGGCGUAUGUAGACAAAUUUUCCGAAGGAAUUGACAUGGAAUACAAUAAAAAGGGUAUUAUCGUUCAAUGCGUCCUUCCGGGUUUUGUAUGCUCGAAUAUGUCGGGUAUCCGUCGCGCUUCGCUAUUAGCACCCACUGCGAAGACUUUUGUAAAGUCUGCCAUCAGCCUCGUUGGCACCACGUCAAAAACAGUUGGUUACUUCCCUCAUGCUAUCUUCGUUAACACCAUCAACUCAAUUUACGGAAUGUCAGGGAGGUUUGCUGUCUGGCUGAUCACCAGGUCCAUGGAGAACACUCGUCGGAAGGCGUUGAAAAAGAGAGAGAAAAACAUUGCUUGAUACACUACAUGCGUUCGGAAUUAAAUUAUUUGACGUCAUCGAAAAAUAUACUUGACAGGCGUUUUUGCUAUGUACCAAACGUAUUUAAUAAGGUUUAUAAUGAAUAUUUAUGAGGAACAUAAUAGGUAUAUAUCUUCUUUAUUGAAAACCGCGUCAGGAGUUAGACAAAUAUAUGUUUUUUGGUACAUCAUUUCCUGAUAUAGUUUUGAAGCAUUUUAUUAUUUACUAUACUCUUAUAGAAUAUUAAGUGAAGUUUUUUAAACAUGAAUUAAAUUAUU